AAAAAACGACAAAAGGGCCUAGGGACGGCGUUGCUAAAAGGUUACCUGUGGUCGAAUGGGAUUAUCUUGACGUAGGUAUCCCUUUUGAAGAUGACGCAUUAAUUAAGUUUUAAAUUUGUUGACGGGUGAAUAGAUAAUUUGUAUUGGCGAAAACUCCUUGUGAUACUUUAAAUAGACAUGCAUUCUUAAUAUACACCCUCGUCCCCAGGGUUUUUUGCCUGUUUGAAAUGUGUCUUUUUACUUAUAUCAAAAAAUCAAAAAACCUUGGGGACGAAGGUGUCUUAACAUAAUAAUUUGAAACAAACAUGUUUCGAAAACAGUUGCCGAAGCAAGUAAAACUUGGCAGGUAUGAAAUUUUUUCAACACCUUUUUCUUUUUUUUUGAGCCUGAGAAUUCUUAGAAAAUUGACAUUUGGACCCUUAAAUAUAACUGAUUUUUAAACAAUUGGUGAAAAAAUGGCUUCAUAAAGUUUUCUUCAAGAAAAGUGCUUCAAACAAGAAUAUUUUAGAUUUCACACACACGCAAAAAAAUUAUUGUCUGAUGAUCGAGUUUCAGUAUUAUUCUUUAAAUAUUCUUAAAAUUUCAGAAAUCGAGCUUUUCCGGUUUUUUAAAGAUUUCUUACAAAGAAAAGUGUGCAUUUACACUGUUGAAACCAUCCUCCUACGUGGUGAGUGUUCAAUUUUUAAAGGAUACGGCGUAAAAGUGGAAAAGUAAAAUUUUGGUUUCAUUAAUACGGAAGCGGUAAAAAUGAUGAACAAUCUUAUCAUGGUGCUUCAUUCUGUACUUGCCAUACUUACGGUGAUCACUACCCAAACAUACGCACAAAAAGGUGUAACAAGAUCUUCACUGGGAUACGCUGCUUUUUUCCGAAGAAUUGUCUCAAACAGAAAACUGAACAUGACACCAUUUACAGGUUACAGUAAUUGUAGUUUCAGAGAUUGUGGAAAAUACUGUGUUUACAACAUACCAUGUGAAUCUUUUAACUUCAAGACUUCAACAAAACAAUGUGAAUUGUUGUCUGUGGAUAGAAACAGCAAAGCAGAUAAUAUUACUUUUAUAAAUGCAACUGGAUGGGCAUAUUAUGAUACCGGAUUCAACAUUCGACAUCCAAACUGGAGGAACAAAUACUUAGUAAUUACUUUUUUCUUUAAUCUUGUUUGAUAUAAUUUUAGGCCUAUUUAAGUUUGGGACUAUUAAAAACCAUGUUUGAGAAUAAUUCCAGUCUAAUUAACUCUUUUCUGGCUUAAUAAACUGCCUUACUUUUGUGGGAAUUUUAUAACAUUAAAAUGAAUGCUUAAAAAAAAUUAGUGCAAAAUUACACCAGUAACCCUAUUACUAAAUUGUCUUGUAAUGUAUUUUUUUGUUGUAUUGUUAUUUAUUAGACUUGUUGUAUAUUA